AUGGCUCUCGUUAGUCUGAGGCAGAAUCAGGGAGAACCUUUGAAGGACUUCGUUUCGUGCUUCAAUAUCGAAGCUCUGAGCAUUGAGAACUUCGAUCAUAGUGUAGCUCUGGUAGCAUUCCAGAAUGCCUUGAGGCCUGAUCCUUUUGCUCAAUCGCUAGCCAAAACUCCCCCAAUUACAUUCACGGACAUCUUAGGCCACGCUACGAAGUACAUAAAUGCUGAAGAGGUCAUGCAAGUGAAGAGGGUAGAGCAUGCGGAAAAAAAGGAGAAAAAGAAACACCCCAAAGAAAGGAAGAACGAGGACCAGAGAGAAAAACAUCAUCCUCGGUGGGAUUUGAGUGGGUUUACCCCUCUGAAUGCCCCGAGAUGGGAGAUCCUUGCCACUAUCAAAGGCAAGGACUAUCUGAAGAAGCCUCGGCCGAUGAAAGCACCUUCUGAUAAAAGGAAUCAAAAUAAAUAUUGUCGUUUCCAUCGGGACCAUGGCCAUGAUACGGAAGAAUGUCACCAGUUAAAAGAGGAGAUCCAAGAGCUAAUCAACCGAGGCUUCCUGAGGAGUUAUGUGGCUAAGAAAGGUGAUUCCUGA